AUGCAGCUCCCGUAUCCGCAACAGUACGCAGCCCCUGCAUGCAAUGGCGACAUGCAGGCGGGCUCUCCGCCGCAGCAGCAUGGGCAGCAAUAUGACGCCUCGUCCAUUGUCUCUCAGGUUCCGCCCCCGGACACCCGAGCCGUGCCUCAGCCAUCGUAUUACACGCCUCACCAGCCAGCUGUGCACUGGUCGCAACAGCCUUCUCAGUCGUCUGUCUGUGUGCCUGAACAGGGCGUUCCCCAGGCGGUCUCCUAUACCGGCGCUGCGCCUACAUAUGCGCCGCCGGUCCAAGUGAAUCCGGUGUCUGCUUUCCCUCCGGAAACGUGUCCUGGGGCCGGCGGCUAUUCGCAUCCACCUGCACAAGUUCGAGGGAAUGACCCCAGUCCAUUCCCUACUCAGACCUUCCCAAAUUAUCCGUCAGACGGCAACAGCAGCCAGGCGAGCGCGUCUCUGCCGCAUGCACGGAGUGUGUCUACGCCGGCGCCAGCCGCGCCUGUUCAGCAGCCAGUGCGCCUUGCGGCCGACCCCGUGAAUCCAGCUGGGUACAUCUUUCAAGGCCACCAGAGAGGUCAGGAUGGAGGCCAACGCGUCCAAGGUGACACCGGGCGGGGGAGCGAAAUGCAAAGGGAGGCGUGCGCGUCUCCCUACCCCGAGUUCCAGAGGCACUCCAACCCGCCUGCAUACGGAGGAGUGGCGCCACAGAGCCUCGCUGAUGGCCGGGGCCCAGCCGUGCCUGUCGAAAACGACAGAUUUCAGCCGGCACAAGGUGUGGUCCACGCCUCCGGCGAGCAGAGUGCACGGGGCAUGAAGCAGGACGCGUUUGCGCAUCAGUCUCCGCAACACGGUGUGCCUACACCGCUUCGCCAGCGAGCGGCAGGAGACGGAGGGUGUCGGGCACCGGGUCUCGAGCAGCUCUCUACGCCCCUUGGGUCCGCUGAAGGUCGACCGGAACGGCCAACACCGCCGCUUGAAGGGAUGGCGAUUCAGCAGAACUUUGGAUCGGCAGACGACGUCUCUGGCGACAGGGGGUUGCCAAGUGCCUCUCUCUUGGCUGUCCAAAACCAGUCACAGACAGGAACGGCGUCAAGUCAGGGGGCUGGCCACGCCCAACAAGGAGACUAUCCAAGUGCUACAGGUACGCCGUACUACUCGUCGCGGCCGGGAGACUCCGUUUCUCAAAGACACGAAGGAGGGUAUACAGGAAUGUCUGGGAGCUCGUGUUCUUCGUCCCAGUCUCAAAGCCAGUUGGGUGGACUUGGUCCAGGUUAUCCGUCCUCUGGCCCUCUCCAGGAGCGGCAGCACCAGCCGCCUCCGCAGACGGCGUCGCCCCCUCAACCCCAGUCUUCUUCCCUUUCAACCAGUUCCCGCCGGAGACCGUCGCCCGAGCCUUCUGUACCUGCUUCGUCUGCUUCGUCUCUGGAUCGGUCCUCACGAGCUGGGCUUCAGAGCACUUCGUCGCUGGCGGCGCCAGCCGCACCACACAGCUCACAGCCGGGCGGGACGGAGACGACUUCGGGAGACUCUUCAGGCGCGGCGCCGCCGCGCAUGUCGACGCUCACGCGAGCAGUUAAUUCGCGGAUUGAUCCCUGCCAAGUUCCCCGGCCCGAGGGGCGGAGCGAGACAGUGACCCAGGAGGGUGGACGCGUCUACGAGUCGGACAAGUACAACCUCCCGCCCAAUCCGUGCAGUGUAUAUACAGUUCUGGAUCGCGGGAGUUGCUCCUGUCGCUACGUGCGCUGCACAUUGAACCACAUUCCUGCCUUUUCCCACACGCUUUCCCUUUCGUCGCUUCUCUUUGGUGUCCUCGUCCAGCCCUUUGCGCAGAAAGGCUCAUGCGAAGAACCCAUCCCGAUUGUUGAUCUCACCGAGGCCUCCCCGCUGUUCACGUACCACUUGAGUGGGAAACGUUCCGGCGCGCUCCAGGGUGGCUCCGCCGAGGGUCGGAAAGGGGCGAGCGCGGGGAAGCACGCCUCUGACGGCCCUGUCCGGUGUCCGCGGUGUCGGUCGUACAUCAAUCCCUUCAUGGCCUGGGCGUCUGGGGGCAACGAGUGCGUAUGCAACCUCUGCGAUCACCACUUCCUUCUGCCCGAGUACUACAUGGAGGCACUGCACCUGUAUCGGUCGCAGAUUCAUGGCGACGGCCGCGCGACUGGGCUCGACUGCGACCGAAACGGCGAGCCGCGUGGCCGGCAGGCGAGGCCUGCAGGGAUCGAACGCCACGAACUGUGGAAGGGCAGUGUCGACUUUGUCGCGCCUCCGGCGUUUGAAGCGAAACUUGAGGCUCGGAAAAAAACUGGAGAGAACCCGACUUUCAGCGACCCGCGAACCGGUCGGGCGCAGACUGCUGCGCCAGCAGAGACUUCAGGCGAGUCUCCCAGCGCUCCGUCUGUGCCAGGAACGGGGCCUUUCGAUUCUCAGGAACUCCCUGUGGCGGCUCUCUCUUGGAGUGAAAGACGUGCGCGAGAAGCAGAAGCUGAAAGCAAACUGCUUCAGCGCUUCCCGUGCGUCGUUUUCGUCCUGGACAUUUCGACUGCGGCCCUGAGAUCCAAUCUCGCAAACAGCUGCUUGCAUGCGCUCGCGGAACUCCUGCGCACGACUCAGGGGACUCUCCGCGUUCAGAUCGCGCUCAUCCUCUACGCCGAUCGCCUGGUCUUCUUCCCGAGAAAGCGCCAGGUCCGUCCGAGACAGUCAGCCGCGGCCCCCCGGGACGAUGGAGAUGGAAGCUACGGAAGCCAAGAGCCGCGCGAAGGCGAGGCGACGCUCCCGGGGCAAACGGGGCCCGCCGCGGGCGACGCAGGAGACACUCACGCUCAGACAGACGCGAAGCCGGGAAAAAUUCAGGCGGUGUUUGUCUCCGAUGUUGACGAUCCGUUCAUGCCUGCGCCGAUCGACCUCCUCUUUUUCUCUCCUCAUCAGUACCCAGAACUUUUGGCCCUUCUCGAGGAGCUGCCGAAGCUUCUGGGCGAACUGAGCGGCGAUUCAGGGGAUCGGUCAGUUGGAAACGCCGCGCUUCGAGCAGCCGUCGAUCUCGUUUGUGAUCGAGGGGCAGGAGGGAUGGUGGAGAUCUUUUACGCCUCUCCGCCGAAUCAUGGCGUCGGGGCUCUCAAGACCGAUCCAAUGGGGAAGGUGACAACUGGAGUAGGCGGCGCCUCCUUUGAGUUUCAGCAAAGAGAAUUCUACGAGGGUCUGUUGCGUGACUGCUCGGGAGGCGGUGUCUGCGUGGACGUCCACGCCUACCCGAGCACGCGGAACGCAAAGAUGCUUCUGCAGACGCUCGGAUCCAUCGCCACGCACACCGGCGGCAAGGUGUUUUACCAACACGACUUUUUGUGGAACAGAGACUACAGGCGAAUUUACGAGGACUUACACAGGCUGCUGACUUCGCCACUGGCGUUCAUGUGCGAGGCGAAACUGCGCACCAGCACGGGCGUCGCUGUCGACAAAAUUCUCGCGCCGUUUGGCGGUCCUCGAGUUCUCUACGAUCAGACAGCGUUCCGAAUUCCGAGAAUGGACGCCGACUUGACAGUCGCGUUUUUGUGCAAGCACACGCAACAGCUCGACUCGGUGAAGCAGGUGUAUGUACAGUUCGUCUGUGCAUACACCCCGCUGCAACCCCUGGAAUCAGGAAGGUCGUCAGAUGCAUCGUGUGAAGCGUCUCCGCCACGGCGUUACCUGAGAGUCCACACUCUGUCGAUGCCCGUUACAUUCUCCCUGUCUUCUCUGUUCCGCUUCGCGGAGGUCGAGUCUACUGUGGCUGUUAUGGCCCGCCUAGCGGCAAAGAUGGUCCUCCACAGCGAAAAAGACUGGAGAGAGAAAACGAUGGAACCUCUCGUGGCCAUACUCCACGCGUACAGAGCGAACUGCGCUUCGACCUCUUCGGCGGGCCAGCUUAUCCUUCCCGACUCCCUCAAACUCCUCCCCAUCUACAUCAUGGCGCUCUUCAAGCAUGCGGCCUUCCGGUCCUCGGAAGUCCGCGAAGAUGAACGCAUUUGGCAUUUGGUCCGCUUCAUGGGUUUGCCAGUGCACGCGUACCCUAGCUUGCUCUACCCUCGCGUCUUCCCGAUUCAUCGCUCCUACCUCGAGAAGGCGCGAGAGAAGAAGAUGCUGCAGCGGGCUGGACUUCCAACAGGAGUCGGUGACAACGUUUACCUGCCUGACUCUCUCGCCGCUACAGGAGUUAAGAUUUCUUCAGAUGGUGUCUUCCUCUGCGAUGUCGGAACCGCGCUCUUCCUCUACGUUGGCCAGCAUGUGAAGCCGGAAUAUCUCGCUGCACUGUUUGGAGACGGUGCCGUGGUGACCGAGGAGAACGCGCCUUUUCUGCAACUGCGCACAGACGGAGACUCCGCCGGAAGUCUCGUGUCGCGAAUCGUCGGCCAGAUCCGAAAGGACAAAGCGACGCUGCCGUACUUGCCUCUGCGGGUGGUUAGUGCAAAUUCCCUGGACGAAACUCGGCUACUAACUCACCUGGUCGAGGACGCAAUCGCCGGCGAGGUCUGCUACGUCGACUUCUUAUGUAGUCUCCAUAAGAUGGUGCAUAACAAGCUCGAGUCUUGA